AUGACGGACGCAUCUCCUGCACUGCUCCUCCUGCUCAGCCUGGGGCUCUGCUGCCCUGGAGCCCAGAGCCAGAAGUAUGCGACAGUGCCCAAGUUCUACGACAGCAAGAUCACGCACCCCCAGAGGGGAAUGCCGCUGAAGCUGGAGUGCACGAGUUCUGCAGACAGCGGUGUCUCCUGGAUCCGCCAGGACAAGGCUGGGACCCUUCACUUCAUUGUCUACAUUUCCACCUUGUCCAAGGCAACCUUUGAGGGGAGCCAGAAAACGUCUUCACGCUUUCAGGUGUCGAAGAGUGGUACAUCCUAUCGGCUGCAGGUGAAUUCCUUCAAGGCACAGGACGAGGGGAUCUAUUUCUGCACCAUCAACUUCAACCAAGCACUGUACUUCAGCUCUGGCCUACGCGUCUUCUUCCCAGUCACGACGACAGCGGCGCCCGUCACAACCGUGCCCACCACCCAGAGCACCCAGGUCACCAAGAGGAACGUCUGCCUGCAGAGCCACGGGGCAGAGACAAGCAAGGAGAAAGAGCUGAAUUUCUUCUGUGAGAUUUUCAUCUGGGUUCCUUUGGCUGCUGCCUGCAUCCUGCUUCUCAUUGCCCUGGUCAUCACCAUCGUGCUGUGCCAAAAAACCAGGCGACGCAGAUGCAGGUGUAAGAGACCUGCGAACGGGAAGCCCAAAAUGAAACCCAACAUGCCAAACCAACAGAUAUGA